CUACGGUUUCUGUUAAUUUUCUGUUGACUUGAAAACGAAAACUAGUUAGCUCAAUAGUUAAGCAUGAUACGUAUUGUUUUAUGGUUGCGCCUACGAUGGUUGCGCCAACGACUUCAGAGUUUGAAUUGUAUUGCAUAACAUAACAACAUUGCAAGUACAUAAAACGUACAGUACACUGGUGCAUGAGAGACCCGAGCUCUACAGCUGACUGAAUAACACCCCAUGCCUCUAAUUGAUAAAUGGUCCGAGCUAUGAAAACAGUUGAUUCAUGGCUCAACAGCAUUGUUAUCAGUAGGCGACAUAUGACAGGCGCUGGGUGUAACGUUAGCCCUCUACGGGUUACACCCCCCGUCAACCUUCUGUUCUGAAGCUACUGCACCGGGGCUCUGAGUCAUCUGUCGAAAUGCACGUGUUGCUUCUGAAAGAACCAAGAGAGGGAGGCUCUGGACCAGAUCCUUACAUCAAGAACUCUCAACUUUUGUACUUACAGGAGCUGGCAUCGCGUGGACACAAAGCAACCUUAAUUCCUGUGUUGUCUUUUACAUUUGUUUCCUUGAACACUUUGUCAGACAAGCUGUUGUCUCUACUACUACAGCUGUUCCAGCCAGAACGACAUGGCGGGCUGAUUUUUACCAGCCCGAGGGCGGUGGAGGCAGUCAAAAUGUGUCUUGAAGAUGAUGAAAGAACGGAACAGUGGAACAUGGACAUAAAAGACAAAUGGAAUGCCAAGUCCAUCUAUGUUGUUGGGAAGGCUACUGCAGCGCUAGUGGAAAACCUAGGUCUGGUCCCCCUGGGAGAGGACACUGGGACUGCAGACGUUCUCUCGCGCCUCAUCCUUGAACGUACGACAAUCAUUUACCUUUUUAAACGCAACAUGUAAAGUGUUCGUCCUAGUUGAAAUAAAAGAUCCUAGGCAUUUUCCAAAAUGCACAAAAAAA